AUGUAUCCGAUCUGGAACGCCAUAGUAUUACCCACUCAGAAUGCAAACCAUUUGAAUGCAAAGUUUGUGGAAAAAGCUUUAAACGCUCUUCUCACCUGCAACGCCACAAGCAUAUUCACACGGGAGCAAGACCUUUCCUAUGUAACAUCUGUCGCAAAGGGUUCCGUGAAUCUGGUGAACUACAAAGACACCAAAGGGUGCACACUGGGGAAAAGCCCUAUCAAUGUGAAAUUUGCUAUGUGCGCUUCACAGAAAAAAACACCCUCCGCAGGCAUACAAAGAGAAAACACACAAUCCAAGCUUUAUUUAGGCAGGUUGCUGCAGAAAACAGUGAUUGGGAAGAAAACUUUAUGA